CAUGCGCACGGGUGGGCGAGCUUUCUCCCUUCUCGCCGGACGCCGCCGACAUGGUGUUCAGGCGCUUCGUGGAGGUUGGCCGAGUGGCCUACGUCUCCUUUGGGCCUCACGCCGGAAAGCUUGUAGCGAUUGUAGAUGUUAUUGAUCAAAACAGGGCUUUAGUUGAUGGACCUUGCACUCAGGUAAGAAGACAGGCCAUGCCUUUCAAAUGCAUGCAACUCACUGACUUCAUCCUCAAGUUCCCACACAGUGCCCGCCAGAAGUAUGUCCGACAAGCCUGGCAGAAGGCAGAUAUAAAUACAAAAUGGGCAGCCACAAGAUGGGCCAAGAAAAUUGAAGCCAGAGAAAGGAAAGCUAAGAUGACAGAUUUUGAUCGUUUUAAAGUUAUGAAGGCAAAGAAAAUGAGAAACAGAAUAAUAAAGAAUGAAGUUAAGAAGCUUCAAAAAGCAGCUCUUCUGAAAGCUUCUCCCAAAAAAGCACCUGCUAAGGGUGCUGCUGCUGUUGCAGCAGCUGCUGCUAAAGUUCCAGCAAAAAAGAUGACCACUGCAGGCAAGAAGGCUGCAGCCCAGAAGGUUCCUGCCCAGAAAGCCACAGGCCAGAAGGCAGCACCUCCUCCAAAAGCUCAGAAGGGUCAAAAGGCUCCAGCCCAGAAAGCACCUGCUCCAAAGGCAUCUGGAAAGAAAGCAUAAGAGGCUAUAAUGAAAGUAAUAAAGAUUCUUUUUGACAUGUUG